AUGGAUGCUACCAAUGAGUCUUCAGAGGGAGCCCCAUUCAUCCUGCUGGGACUGACAACAAGUCCUGAACAGCGGCGGCCUCUCUUUGGGUUAUUCUUGGUCCUGUAUGUAGCAGGCAUCCUGGGUAACGGACUCAUCGUGGCUGCCAUACGGGCCAGUCCAGCCCUUCGUGCACCCAUGUACUUCCUGCUGGCCCAUCUGUCCUUUGCUGACCUCUGCUUUACCUCCGUCACUGUACCCAAGAUGUUGGCCAACUUGUUGGCCCACGACCGCUCCAUCUCCGUGGCUGGCUGUCUGACCCAGAUGUACUUCUUCUUUGCCCUGGGUGUAACCGAUAGCUGUCUCCUGGCCGCCAUGGCCUAUGACCGCUAUGUGGCCAUCCGCCACCCCCUCCACUAUGCCACAAGGAUGUCCCGGGCCGUGUGCAAAGCCCUGGUGGGGACCGCAUGGCUGGUGUCCCACGUCCACUCCCUCCUGCAUAUCCUGCUUAUGGCCCGCCUGUCCUUCUGUGCCUCCCACCAUGUGCCCCACUUCUUCUGUGACCACCAGCCUCUCUUAAGGCUCUCGUGCUCUGACACCCGCCACAUCCAGCUGCUCAUCUUCACUGAGGGUGCCGCGGUGGUGGUCACUCCCUUCCUGCUCAUCCUUGCCUCCUACGGGGCCAUCGCAGCUGCGGUGCUCCGGCUGCCGUCAGCCUCCGGGAGGCUCCGGGCUGUGUCCACCUGUGGCUCCCACCUGGCAGUGGUGAGCCUCUUCUAUGGGACAGUCAUUGCAGUGUACUUCCAGCCCACAUCUCGGUAUGAGGCAGAGCGGGGCCGUGUGGCCACUGUCAUGUACACCGUAGUCACCCCCAUGCUAAACCCUGUGAUCUAUAGCCUCCGGAACCGUGACGUGCAGGGGGCACUCCGAGCCCUCUUCACCGGACGGAGGAUCUCAGCUGGCGACUCCUAA